UCUUUUGUCUGACAAGCACCUGCGUCAGGAUCAAACUUGGGACCUAGUCCUCCACCGCUGGAAGGGGGAGCAUCAAGCAAGCCUCACCAGUUUUCUUCACUCUCUCUCUCUCUGCCAAAAAAUAUGUAUUUUAAAGUGGUGGCCUUAGUUCUGCGUUUUCCUUAUUUUUACUCUUAGUUGACCAUAGAUUUAUAGCGGGUUUGGCCCAUACGUAUUUACGACUUGACUAGUUGGGCUUCUUGGUCCAUGUAAGCAAGGCCCAGGGUAUCCGGUCGCCACAAGGUGCAGGAGGAACCGCACCGCACGCCAUUGUUCUGCAUUCUUGCAGCAACAUCCUUUUCAAAGUUCCUUACCACAUGGCAUCUGGUGAGAUUUGUAUAGCUUUCUGAUUUCUAGCUGUUUCCAAGGAAGAUGGAUAAAACAAUGAAGCCGAUUUCCGCGACUUGUAACAACGACGAUGGAGUGCCAGAAGAAACAGGGAUGGACGAAGUAUUUUCUGAUCUACAAGCGCUCAAGAGGCUAUACGGGUUGCUUCAAAGGUUAGAUGAGGCCUCGAGGGCCCUUCUGAAGAAGUUGCUCGACGAUGCUACCCGCCGGGCUCUCCUGAAGCAGACCAAUCGUUUCGCAGGCUCUCACUGCUACCUCUUCUAGUUCGGCGAUUCCGUUCUCGCUUGGUUCGGGGUCUCCAAAGCAAAUGGAUCGUGCGACGUCGUCGAGUUCGUCAUUUCUUAACAACAAGUUGCCUGAAGAAACAGCGAUGGAGCAAAUUUUGACUGAUCUGCAGGCGCUCACGAGGCUAUACGGCCUGCUUCACAGUCCAGCAGACGAAAAUUUAGAUGAGGCAUCCAGGGCUCUUCUGAUGAAGAUACUAGAAGAUGCUACCCAGGAGGCUGUCCGGAGGCAGGCGAAGAUGCUAAUGCCAUCAGGUUCUCUAAUGUCCCCUGUGCUAGAGAGAGAGCUCUCCACACAAUCACACUGCCGGACACGCCAUGCCGAUCCAAUCCUGAGGCCACUGGCCUCGCCCCGCCCCAGCCUCCUGGCCAGUGAGCGAUCGCGCCGGCUAGACCCGCAACAUUCUACAGUGUCACGCCGAUCCGGCCUCUACGCCGACGGCCAGCGCCAUGCAGCGGAAGAGCCUCCUCCCCUUGCUCGCCUCGCCUCCAACCGCUCGUCGAGAACCGCAUUGACGGCGCGGCACCGUCCAAGCCAAGAGCAGCGGUGCCCCAGCCUCAGCCUGCACCGUUUCCCCGUAGCUGGAACGUCGAGACAUGGCACGGUGAUCGGAAGUACUCGGCUUGCCCGUCGCCGGGACAGCAUCCGUCACAGCUCCGGUCGUGGUGACCAGUGGUCGCUGGAACGCAGCAAUAGCAAUAGCAGCAGCAGCCGCCGUUCCGUGUCACGGCGAGAGCUGUCGUCUCUGCGGCCGUCGUCAAGGCUGCGUGGCCGCGCCACCCCGCGGCACGUGGGAACGGAAAACUCCUCCUCGGUGUCUCCCUUCGAGAGGCUGGACUCUGGGUUGUCCCUGAGCUUGACGUCGCGUCAUGGCGUGGAGCAUGCCGGACGCGGCGUGGCUACGCCGGAACGCUCUUCCUCGAGCAAGACGGUGGCGACCAUUCAAAGCCGCAUCCGACCAAGCAGUACUCCUCUCAGGGAGCGCUCCCUACACCGACCUGCAGUAGAAGCGAAGACUCUGCGCGGGAGGCAACAAGACAGCCACGUUUUAAGCGAGGAGGACACGUACAGCAGCAUGUUCAGCGGCAGCGGAAGCUCAUCGGACGCCGCCAGCCUGUCCGCCUCCACGAGCCCGACGGCGUCGCCGGCGCCGGCGCCGGCGCCGCGUGCUUCUGCUACUCCCUACUACUACUACCCGUCGGUGGCGACACGUGGCAUUGCGCCACCACCGUUGUACGCACCUGAGGUGUCGCGCUCAAUGAGGAGGCGACGUCUCCAGGAACGUCGGCAGGAAAUCCUGGAGAGGCGGGUGGCGCGGCUGCGGAUGCUCAAGAACAAAAUCGCCACGGUGUUCCAUGACUUCCAUCACCGCCACGACCACCACCACCACCUCCUCCUCGGGGGCGGCCAGGAGGCGGGUCCCUCGUCCAGGACUGUCGUCCGCGGCGCAGGCCACCACCACCACCUCGGGGGCGGCCAGGAGGCGGGCCCCUCGUCUAGGGCCGUCGUCCGCGGCGCAGGCCACCACCUCAACUCGCCGUGGCAGUACCUUACGAGAAUGUUCCACCGCGCGAAAGGGAAGAUAGACAAGAAUACUAGGAGCCGGACGGCGGUAGGCGUGCCGGAAAAGAGGCACGGCGCUGGCGGUGGCGGUGGCGGGAACAUGCACGCGCUAUUCGACGCGCUGCGGCGGCACCUGAAGAGCAAGCGGAGGGCACCGGCAGGCAUAAAACUGGGGAGGAAGGGCAACUGGGUGCGGGGCAAGAAGAUGCAUUGGUGGCAGCGGCUGAGGCGACGGCGCGGCAUGCCAGGGUUGACGGCAGGCAGUGGACCACGGCGGCGUUUACGACAUGGAAAGGCAGCGUGGCUGUAGUCUUGUUACUUACCGAUUGCGCCACCGCACAUUCACUUCCGGUGCUGUUUGAGGUUUCAUUGAGUUUCAGUUUUCAUGUUAAUGAUGCAGAACAACGACACGAAAAGUUUGUUUUGAGCUCUGAAUGAUCCAAUUUUUGAGAAGUACUC